AUGUUCACUGAGCUUCGAGCAAGGAUCAGCGAGAGGGAGCCCCCAGGGAGGGGGGACUACACCACAGAGAGGGGCACAAUGGAAGCUACUGCUCACUUCAGAUUUUGCCGGAAUCUCCUUGAGCAUACAGUGUCUGCCGAGAACUUGAACCAUCGUUUCCGAAGGGAAAUGGGCAGUAGUCUAACUUGGCAUGAUGGCCGAGGUCAAAGGACAAGCGGAGGGAGAGCCAUCAAACUUCUCAAACAGCCAGGGACAGAAGUGUCACAGGUCAGGUCCAGUGACCAGUAUGGUAUUUACCAUACCAGCCCCUCCUUCAGCUGCCUCACCAAACCUGUGGUGCUGUGGACCCAACAAGAUGUUUGCAAGUGGCUGAAAAAGCACUGUCCCCACAACUAUCUGACUUAUGUGGAGGCGUUCUCACACCAUGCUAUCACAGGCCGGGCUCUGUUGAGACUGAAUGCAGAGAAGCUUCAGCGUAUGGGGAUUACCCAUGAGUCUCAGAGGCAGGAGGUUUUACAGCAGGUGCUACAGCUUCAGGUGCGGGAGGAAGUGCGGAACCUACAACUGCUCAGUCAAGCAUCUUUUGUGAACUUCUCAUAGGAUUGCUGCUAGGUGAAGUUCCCAGAUAUUACGAUUGACACCUUCAGGUUGCAAGGGGACCUUUCAGAUGCAACAGAAUUG